CAUCAGUUGACUGUCGAUUGUCGAUACCUCUCGUGCUCGACAACCACACCCAUAUAUCGACGUGCACAAGUGGCGCAAGUGUGAUUCGUCUCGUAGAUAAACACUUAUUAAUAUUUUUUCUAAGAAAAGACUCGAUUUCUACAGUUGUUAAUUUGCUCCAAUUGAUAAUUUCUUGACUGUCGAUUGUCGACCGUGUCGAUUGUGUACCUUUCGUGCUCGACAACCACACCCGUAUAUCCACGUGCACAAGUGGUGCAAGUGUGAUUCGUCUCGUAGAUAAACACUUAUUAAUAUUUUUUCUAAGAAAAGACUCGAUUUCUACAGUUGUUAAUUUGCUCCAAUUGAUAAUUUCAUUACAGAAAAAUGGCAGAUCGUUUAGAUAUAGUAAUAUUUGGUGCCACUGGAUAUACUGGAAAAUAUGUAGUGAAAAAUGCAUCCCAAAUGUGUAAGGAUCGGAAAAUGAAGUUUGGUAUUGCUGGUCGUAGGAAAGAAGCUUUAGAUGCAGUUGUUAAGGAAUUUGCCUCAAAUAUUGAGGACGUGCCUAUUAUUCUGGCUGACAUAAAAGAUGAAGAAUCUCUCAAGAAAAUGACAGAACGAGCAAAGAUACUUAUCAAUUGUUGUGGCCCAUACAGAUUUUAUGGAGAACCAGUUAUCAAAACAUGCAUUGCUACUCGUACUCAUUAUGUUGAUGUUACUGGUGAAGAACAGUUUAUGAUGGAAAUGCAAUUAAAAUAUAACGAAGCAGCAAAAGAAGCUGGCGUCUACAUAGUAAACGCUUGUGGUUUUGACUGUAUUCCUAGUGAAUUGGGAAUCAUUUUCACGCAACAGAAAUUUGAAGGAGAAAUAAAUGCUAUUGAAAUAUUCAUGAACAUGUGGAGAAGCACUACUGACAAGAAAGGUCCGGUACUUAAUUAUGCAACUUGGGAAUCUGUAGUACACAGUCUGGCUCACAAAGAAGAAGUACAGGCAUUACGCACAAAAUUAUAUCCUGUCAAGUUACCUGAAUUCACACCGAAACUAAAAUCAAGAAGUGUAUUGCACCGAAGCAAUGUUUCUGAAGGAUGGCCCAUACCAUUUCCGAGUGCCGAUCGUUCAGUAGCUCUUCGUACACAACGAUUCUUAUAUGACAACUAUAAAGAGAGGCCUGCACAAGUUAAAGUUUAUGUUAAAUUGAAGUCUUUCUUCGAAUUCCUGGUUAUGGCCAUUGUUGGUACGCUUUUGUUAGUUUUGUCUCGCACAGCAUGCGGCCGUAAUUUACUUCUAAAAUAUCCGGCUCUAUUUUCAUACGGUUUCAUAAGUCACGAGAAUCCGAAUCCGGAAAUGCAGAAAUCAACACAUUUUUCUCUUACAUUCGAAGCUAGUGGAUGGACUGAAAAAUUGUCUGAACCUACCGAUGAACACACAGAUCCACCUAAUAAGAAAAUAAUCACCAAAGUCUCUGGUGAUUCUCCCGCAUAUGAGAUGACUAGCAUAACAGCGAUAUUAUCGGCAACAACAAUCCUUAACGAAACUGACAAAAUACCUAACAAUGGAGGAGUACUUACUCCCGGUGCUGCGUUCGGUAAAACAUCUCUGAUCGAGCAACUGAUAAAACAUAAUAUUAAAUUCGAGGUGAUAUCGCCUAUCGAGAAAUAAAGAUAAGAAAAUUCUAUAUAAUUUAGACCAAGAGGUUACUGCAGUGAUUUUGUUACCCAACAAGUAUGGGAAGUGAACCUUUUAUUUCAUGUAAAACAAACAAUAUAUACAUAUAUAUAUAUAUAUAUAUAUAUAUUUAAGCCCUAUUGCGGUCACUUGAAGGGGAGGCUUUUCAAAAUGUUGCAAUUUUAAUUUUUUUGAAAGCAUCAAGGUUGAAUGUUCUUGCAAUCGAUAGUUAAUACCCUUAUUCCAAGAUAGGCGGACUCCUAUAUAUAUUUCUUAGAAGGGUCGCAAAGGAUCGCCAUACUGGGUCAAAGUGAUAAAUUUUUUCUGAAAAAAAAAUCGAUAGCGACAAGAUUGAAUUUUUGUCUACUACUUAAUUUUGAUAUCAAUUGUCGAGAAAUAUGAUUCUCAUAUCUUUUGAAUGAUCACAAAGACAUCCAUAUCUACCCGAAUACGUACAAUUUUCUUAUUCCAUGUAAAAUGGUUCAUAUUUGGAUAGGUAUGGCUCUGCUUUUGUGACCAUCGAAAAAGUAUGGAUUCGAAUCAUAUUUCUCGACAAUUAAUAUCAAAAUUAAGUAAUAGACAAAAAUUCAACUUUGUCACUAUCGAUUUUUUUUUUUUCAGAAAAAAUUAACCACUUUGACCUAAUAUGGUAAUCCCUUGCACCCUUCUGAGAGAUAUAUAUGGGAGUCCACCUAUUUUGAAAUAAAGAUAUUAACUAUUGAUUGCAACAACGUUCAAUCUUGACGCUUUUAAUAAAAAAAUUAAAAUCGGCAACAUUUUAGAAAGCCCACCUCCCCUUCAAGCGACCGCGAUCGGGCUUAAAUAUAUUGUUUUUAUGUUUUACAACGAAAUAAAAGGUUAUCGACUUUCCAUACUUGUCACUAUGGGUAACAAAAUCACUAUAGUGGCCUCUUGGUCGAAUUCUUUUAUAUACAAUAUUUUAACAUAUUUUGUAAUUACUUGAUUUUGAUUUUAACACUUGUUGAGGUUUCGGGUAAACUUUAUUCUAUACUUAUAUUUCACAAUAUUUCACAAGAAAGUAUAAAACA